AUGGAGCGGGAGAAUUACACCAGAAGAGUGAGUGAAUUUGUCCUCCAGGGUUUGUCCCAAAGUCCAGAACACCAGCACUUCCUGUUUGUCAUCUUUCUGUUCAUCUACUUAGCUACGUGGCUUGGAAAUCUCACAAUAAUCAUCACUGUGAUCUGUGACUGUCAUCUUCACACCCCUAUGUACUUUCUUUUGGCUAACUUGGCUUUGCUGGAGCUUUCUGAAUCCACAGUCACAGCACCGAAGUUGUUGCAAAUUCUCCUUUCUCAGCACAAAACCAUCUCCUACACUAACUGUAUUAUUCAGAUGUUCAGCAUCCACUUCAUUGGUGGUACCGUCGUUUCUUUUCUUGUGGUGAUGGCAGCUGAUAGGUACCUGGCUAUUCAUAAACCAUUGCAAUAUAUGACUAUCAUGACCCGGAACAUGUGUUUGAAGGUAAUGGUAGGCACUUGGACAGUUGCUUUCAUUCAUACCAUUACUGUGAUGUCAAUGGUAAUUCAAUUACCAUUCUGUGGUCCCAACAUACUUGACAAUUUCUAUUGUGAUAUCCCGCAGGUGGUCCAGUUAGCCUGCACAGACACCUACUUUGUUGAGCUGUUUAUUAUUACCAACAAUGGACUGGCUAUUACAGGGGUCUUUACUGUAUUGCUCUUUUCAUAUACUGUCCUCUUGUUUAAGAUAAGAAACCAUCUCUCCGAAGGAAAGCACAAAGCUAUUUCCACUUGCGUGGCCCAAAUCACAGUGGUGUGCUUGCACUUCAUCCCAUGUGCCUUUGUUUACGAUCAGCCUUUUCAAAAAUUUCCAGAAGAUAAAUUUGUCUCUGUCAUCUACACAGUUAUUUCACCUGUGUUGAAUCCAAUCAUCUAUACUUUAAGAAACACAGAGAUGAAAAAUGCCAUUAGGAGAUUAACAGGCAAGAUAUUUUUCUCCCAUAGGAAUGUAAAGAUGAAGCAUGUAUUGCCUGUAAAAUAG